AUGGGCAUAUUUACCACUGGGGGCCUGAGAACAAGGACAUGCUUCCACAAAGGCGUCGAGGACGGUUGCAUAAUUGGUAAAGCUCUAUGCACUUCCCCUUCAAUUGGUUCAGACAUGGGGGUUGUGACCGUAUACGACAUGGAAGACUUCUUAGGUAGGAAGAGGAAACCCCUCAAGACCUUUCAUAACCUGAACACUGAAUUGAAUUUCAUGAGAUUCAACCAUGAUUCUCAAAUGUUGGCCAUCUGUUCAAACGUUGAAGAAGAGCAGCUUAAAAUUGGUUCAUGUUCCAUCAUUUUCUAUGUUCUCUAA